ACGCUUUCUAAAAGGAAACAGAAAACUUUAAAAUUAACUAUUAUAUAUCAUCUUGUAGAGAAAUGUUUUCUCUACAAAACUGCCGUUUUAGAAAAAUGUUGAAAAUCGUUUUUAUGAAAAUACAAAACAUUUAUUGUGAAUUUUUGAAAAAUACAAAAAAAUAACCGAUGCACUCCUAGUCGUGUCCGAUAAUAGAUAGAUAGAUGUUGACGCUUUUUUCUCUAAGAUAAUUUCAAAGUAUUGUUAUGUUUGUUUCUUCGUGACCACAGCUUCGACUUUUGUCUUUUUAAAAUCCGUUCUUCAAUGUUUUCCCGAUUGCUGUGAGCAUUGUGGGUAUUUAAUUCAUCUUCAUCGUCGCUGAAUCAGGUUCAAAGUGUUAUUGUUUCCGUUCACAAUCCUUUGGCAGAACGUUCAGAUAUACAUGAUAGAGUAUUAAGCUACAAAAACGAACAGAUUACAGCAAAGGAGCGUUAUGUUGAACUAGAGUAGUAGAAAAAAGAAUUUGUUAUUAUAUGCAAGUACAUAUAAUGCUUUAUUCCUUUUAUUGUUUGUCAACGUGUACUCGGCCAUCCGUGUAUCCAGUAUACACUGCACCAGAAAUAAAAAACGUAUGAUGUAUUAAAAUGAGAUGUUUGCUUCUGCUUCUUCGUAUAACUGAUAUUACUACCCAGAAACGAGAUUAAAAGCUUAACUCCUAAAAAAACGAAUGACAUUCUAGAAUAAAUGUAUUCUUGAAUGGUGACAUUUGUCUUGUAUUGUUUUCUCCAUCCUGGAAUUAAUCACCGAAACAAAAGUUUCUCGAAGAAAAUAAAGAAAUUUAAAAUAUUAUUGGUAUCAUAAUCAUAUGUAGAACACUUGAAAGAUAAUUUUAUCUACUUCAAAAAUUCACUGAACUCGAUGUUUGAAUGAAGUUUUAAAUUUUGGGUCCUUUAGGUUUUCAAUCUGAAACGAUGUGCCUCCGCAAAGAGAUAAGCUUUUUUAAAAAAACAUUGGAGUCAGCUCAAAAUACUGAAAAGGGUUUAUCAAUAUCUGAACGUUAGAAUAUUGAAUGUGUUUCUAUAAAAUAAAAGGCAUUUCGAGUAUAUGCAGUUAGGCAAUGUGAGUGCAUAUAUUCAUACACACAUUGUCUUCGAUAUGUUAAUCAAUAUUCAUUUGUGUUUCCUACACUUUUACCCUUAUAUAGAUAGAAUUCUGCUUUUUUCCUUUGGAUUCUCCAUUGAAUAACACAAAUAGACAUCAUCCGAAUCAAAUUACGCGUGCACUAGCAUACUGCAACAAGUUCUUUCUUCUCUUUCUUCGGUUACAUCUCCACUACCCUGUUUCACUAUGUUUAUCCGCUGUUCUCAUAGUCAAAUACUUUUUCUGUAUCGAUUAUUUAUUUAUUGCAUAAGAUUAUGUAAACGUCCAAUCGAUGACUUUUAUUUAGCUUAAAAUAUAGAUAUGUAUGUAUGUGACUAAUACAGCCGAUCGCUUCUUCUAGCACUUGUAUACACAAAGAGAGAUGAAACAUAGGAUCGUUGUUCCCGCUACGAGUAUUUAUGACUGAAUUUAUUAUCAUGCUCUGUUGUGGAACAGAAGAAACAGGUUGGCAAAAGGUAACCGAGAGUACAUACUUUUUCUCUCGCACCAAAACGAGUCAUUCUGUAGGAAAGAGAUGUAUAUCAAGACUACGUUGUGACUCACAUCUUCACGCUUAACUGCUUUUCACGAGUACAGUGAUGUAUGUUUUACUAUAUUUAUUUUAGACAUACAGUUUAACGAAUUCCUACUGAAAAGAUGAUCUGUUUUAAAGUACGCGUCUCGCAGAUCCUUACUUAACUCAAUUUUACAGCUCAUUUUCGUUUAGGUUCUUGUUAUGCUUUCACUGAUGAGCAAUAUUGCUCCGACGAGUAUUUGUGAUAUUGGAGGUUGCAUAUGUAUACCAAAUCGAUAUACUGCAGAAACAAUUUACUGUAAAGGAGCAGAACUGACUACUCUAGUUGAUUUAGAAUUUCCAGCAACCGUUCAGACGUUGUCGUUAACGGAUAGUAGUUUGACAUUUGAUACAGUUGCUGAUAUUCAAAAAAUACAAAACAUGACAAAUUUAAAGUUUUUAACAUUAAGUAAUAAUCCGUUAACGAAAAUUCCGUUGUUUAAUCAUACAAACAUUCAAUCGCUCAUAAUAAACGAAGCUCAAAUUAAUUCAGUUCAAUUUCCUGAUACCUACUGUGGUUUAUCAUCAUUGGACAAAAUUUCACUAAGCAGUAAUAUUAUUGAAACGAUUAACGAUGAUGACUUUAAAUCAUUAAAAAAUUCCAAGGUGACCGAUUUAGAAAUAAAUAAGAAUCGUUUAUCAAAAAUUAAUCCUAAUGCAUUCAUACCAUUAUCUACUUCACUUCAAUCAUUAUCAUUAAGUGGUAACAAUCUAGUAUCAUGUGAAUUUCUAUCAAUAUUAGGACAAUUAGCAACAAUCAAUUUAAAUCAAAAUCAAUUUACAUCAUUACCAAGUCAAUUAUUUGCACCUCAUAAUAUAAAAAGUUAUUCGUUUAUCGAAAAUUUAAUAGAAACAAUUGAUGAAACAUCACCAUUAAAUGCAUGGGCAAAACAGAAUUUGUCUAAUACUAAAAUUUAUCUUAACGGAAAUCCUUUUGAUUGUUGUCAAUCUUUAUGGUUUAUUCGCUAUUUAAAACGUGAUAAUAAACAAUAUGUUGUUGAUGCUGAAGAAUUAAAUUGUAAUGCGCCCAGGCAAUAUGCCGGAAAACGGUUAUUAGAUUUAAAUCCUGAUUUGAUGACAGAUUGUACCACUGGUUCAAAAUUAUCAAUUGCUAACAUCAUAUUCAUCGUACUUGGAUCCCUUUUACUCAUUAUUGUUAUUAUUGUCAUUAUUAUUGUCAUCAUUAGUCAAAUAAGAAAACGUCAACGAAAAAACCUAGUUCACUACGAAACAUUGCCAGCUGCUGUCGAGCAUGGAGAACGACAAUCGUCACGACGCCCGUCUAAAACAUUGCUUGGUCCAGAUGCUUCACUCAAUAAUCCUCGUUCGUUAACAACACAAACGAAUUACGGAACCGUUAAUGCAAAUCCAGAGUAUUCAAGUGAACAACAUACAUCUGAUAUGGAAAGAAAUCUCAAUUUAGAUGAAUAG